CCUCUCUCACCUUCUCCUCCAAAAAAAUCUCUCUCUCUCUCUCUCUCUCUCUCUCUCUCUCUGCAGCGGAAGCGACGGACGAGCUUGCUCCGAUGAGAAUCGCAGCGCCGGACGAAUCCAAAAUGCUACUCACUCCCUGCUCUCCGGCCGAAAACGACGGCGCCUGAGCCGCUCCUUCUCGCCGCCGGCCGCUUCCUCCGCCGCCUUCCGGAGAGAUCGGAGUACGUCGGCGUCUCCCUCUGUCUCUGCUUUUUACUCUCUCUCUCUCCCCGCCUUUCUCUCUCUGAGUCGUGGCUCCGUUCGAGGUUAGGAGCCUGCAUCGGCUCUCGAAACCGCGAUCUCGGUUGAGCUCCGUCGCUCCGUCGGUAGGUCAGGCGAACUUCGAUUCGAGCUGAAAUGUGGAGCGACUAGCUGAAUUCGAAGCUCGGACCGGUCGGAGCGGUUAGGUGCGGGCUGUGAAGUCGAGCUGCACUGCGGCCGUUUCGGUUGAGCGAGAACCAUGCUGGAUCUCAACCUCAACGAGGAGCUCUCCAUUUCGGAGUCGGCUUGGGACGAGAGCUCCGUCGCGAUCGUCAAGGAGCUUCCUGAGGCGCCGGGGCCUCAAAUGGACGAGUCCGGGACCUCGAACUCGUCGAUCGUCAAUGCCGACGGUUGCGACGACGAGUCGUGCUCGACACGCGCCGCCGACGCUCGCACUUUCAGCUUCGGCAUCCUGAAGGCCGGCGAGGGAGGUGAUGGUGUCGCGGACGACGAACUCGGGGUGACGAGGCAGCUGUUCCCGGUGAGGGAGGUGGAUGCGGAUAUGGAGUGGUGCGGCGAGUCGUCCUCGCUUGAUAAGAGGAGCGAUGUCUUCUUGGUUGGUGCUUGUAAGGAAAAGGAAGGUCCGAGGCUGGCGAUGCCGCAGCAGCGGAGGAAGAGCAGGAGGGGACCGAGGUCAAGGAGCUCGCAGUAUAGAGGGGUUACUUUUUAUAGGAGGACUGGAAGAUGGGAGUCGCACAUAUGGGACUGUGGAAAACAAGUGUAUUUGGGUGGAUUCGACACUGCACAUGCUGCAGCUAGAGCCUAUGAUCGAGCUGCAAUAAAAUUCAGGGGGCUUGAUGCAGACAUAAAUUUCAAUUUGAGUGAUUAUGAGGAUGAUUUUAAACAGAUGAAGAAUCUUUCAAAGGAAGAAUUUGUACACAUACUUCGUCGACAGAGUACUGGCUUUUCUAGGGGAAGUUCGAAAUAUCGAGGGGUGACACUGCACAAGUGCGGGCGUUGGGAAGCUAGAAUGGGUCAAUUCCUUGGCAAAAAGUAUAUAUACCUCGGCCUAUUUGAUAGUGAAGUAGAGGCAGCAAGGGCGUAUGACAAGGCAGCUAUCAAAUGUAAUGGAAGAGAGGCUGUGACCAACUUUGAACCUAGUACGUACGAUGGAGAGAUGAUUGCAAAAGCCAGCAAUGAAAAUAGCAUCUAUGGUGACCAUGGUCUUGAUCUCAAUCUCGGGAUAUCAGCUUCUUCCAGGGGAAUGGUGGAAACCUUAGAGCCCUCGGACGACAUGCGUCAGGGAAGUAGUUUAAGGGUAGGAAACUCUGCUGCAUCCUGGGGUGAUCCAUCUGUUGAAGGUUUAUCGAUGACAUCUGGACAACCUCCUCCUUGGACGGGUGUUUAUCCUAGCGUCUUUCCUUGCAUGGAAAGAGCUAAAGAGAAGAUAUGUGGGUUAGGCUUGUCGCAAGGACUCGCUACCUGGGCGACACAAAUGCAUGGUCAGGUCAAUUCUGCCCCAUUACCACUGCUCUCUGCUGCAGCAUCAUCAGGAUUCUCAAUGUCGGCCGCUCAUCGCUCUCCUGUCAUUCCUCCCCCAAUAUUGACCGACUCAACAAGCCAAAGCAACCGUCUUACUUCACCCUCCUCAGCUGUCAACAACAUCUCUCGUGGCUACUAUCAGUUGACGCCUCAAUGGCCUCCUAGGUAACUCUUAAAUCUCUAAUGAAAGGGUUCGAAGAGAUUGAUGCUUAUAUUUGGCACUCUGUGCGCUCUCUUUGAUGGCCAACAUGUCAUAUUCAUGAAUUUAUCCGAAAAACAAAAGGGCAUUCAUCAUAAAGAAACAAAGAGAGUUUCGAUGGCGAGUACUCUGCUUGAUGGUAUUGAUUUGUCCGAGAAAUUUUUACCCCGCUUUUUUCUUUCUUCCGAGGUUAUCACUAGAGGUCCUUUUUUUUUUCC